AUACAAAUUUAUUUGUAUUAGAAGUCAAAAUGUAUAUUUUUGUUAAUGACGUAAGAUACAAGAAUUGUUAAUAUUAUGCACUUCAAAUGUAAACUGUAAAUCCACAAAACGUUUAAACAAUUAUUAUUACAUUGGCAAAUAUUAUAUUCACGCGGUGUGACACUUCAAUUUCAAUGAUUACAACAUGUGUUUAAGGAAUCGAAAUUCAAAAAUUACGUUAUUAUUUAUGAAUGCAAACGGUAUAUUUCAUAACAUGAAAUUCAUAUGAUCUUAAUGUGAAUGGGAAAAAGAAGGGAUUUUUUAGCAAAGUGUUAGCUUCAAAAUAUAAAAUUCUGUUUCAUUCACUGUUGGUUCUAGUCUGCAAUAGAGGACACAUUACUUUGAAGUUUUAACUGCCUGGUGUAUAGCUGGUACUGCUUGUGACUUACAGAUUUAAAUCGUGUCUUUCAGCGAAAUGCUCCCUUCUUGUGUACUUUAAGAUAAUGAGGAACAUUUUCCUAAAGGACACUGGUUACAUUUGAAAGAUUCAAGUAGUACCAAUUAUAUUUCGUUGAAUUAUAAAUGAUUCUCAUUUUUUUUUUUUUUUUUUUUUUUUUUUACAAUUAUUUAAAAUAACUUAAUUUAUAAAAUAUAGUGAUGCUUUUAACAAGAAAUGUGGCUAAAUAAAUUUUUUGAUCUUUGCAUACUUGUUAAUCACAAAUUAAAUAAUCAUGAAAAAAUCAAUAACUAAAAAGAUUCAUUGUAUACUUCAUGUAUUGUUUCAUUUUUUUUAUUUUUCAAAAUUUUUGUAUCUCUAAAAUUUACAUACAUAUAAUGUAUAAUUCAAACACAAUCUUUCCACUGUAUUCUUUUCAUUUAAAAAUUUUCAUAACAAAUUUUAAUAUGAAUUCAAAUUAUACGCAACAUAAAGUGUUUAUAAUAUGCAAGUAAUGCUAUCUUUGUAAAUGGAGGGUUAAAUAACCUUAUCACUAAUUGCAGCAGUUUAUCAUGCCAAUUGCAUGGACUACAAGUAAAACUUUGAAACUAGUAACUCUUUAUAGUGAACACGAGUGCCUCAGGAAUCCUUUGCAUCCUGAUUUUAAAAAUAAACUUUGUCGUUACAAAGCAUACAAAAAUAUUGUGGAUCGCAUGAAUGUUUGUGGCUUGACAGUUUGUGAUUGUAUCAAAAGAAUUACUUUUAUAAAAGCUCAAUAUUGCCAUGAAUUGUCCAAAAUCUGUGCUGCAAUAUCUUGUGAAAAGUUUUACAAACCAACAGCAAGUUGGUUUCUGCUGAUACAUCAACUAUUUUUUCCAUUUGUAACACAGGAUUGGACAAAUGAUUUGUGGAAGGUAUAUUUACAUUUACAUGCUAAAAUUCCAUUAAGAAUGUACAUAAGUCAUGAUAAAAAAAAUGUCUUUAAGGAUUAUCAGCAUAAUGAAACAAACAAACAACUGAACCAGUUAACAUCUAUGGAAUUAGGUUCACCAGGAAAAGAUUGUGGUUGCCCCUAUGCCAAUUGUCGUUGUAAUAAAUCAUACACAGAUAAAUUUCAUAUGUGUUCCAAAAAUCUGAAGUCUCGAACAGAAGGUGAAAAUAUCACUACAGAUACAAAUUAUUUACACCUGUUUUCACAGAAAGUAACUCACGAUGUUGGAAGUAAUAACAGGAAAGAUGUCGGUACAGAACACGCAGUACAAACCGACGUAUCUUCUUUCACAAUGCAUUGUACAACUUGUCAAGUGUGUCUAGAAGAUAAUAGAAAUAUGAAAAACAUGGAAUCUAGACCUACAUCACUGAAGAGUGACUCGGAUAACAGCAACAAUGUAGAUAAAACAUCAACUGAUGAGAAUAAUACAUGGAAAAAGGAAAUUCACGACGAGUUUCACAUGUUUGGAAAGAGUAUCGCGUUUCAAUUACGAAACAUGGAUUUUGGAGUUGCGAUUAAACUGGAGAAACGUAUACAAGAUUUGAUUGCACAGGAGCGUCUUGAUAACAUCAAAUCAAAAUGUUCAGAAUGCUAUGCUUCGUCUAGCUGCAGUGAGUGUGAAAUCAUUCAAAAAGAAAUGAUUUGUAGCUGUGGUUUGCCGGUUAUUAUGAUCAAGACGGAUCAAUCUUCUAAAUUUCGUUGCAAAUGAUGCCGAAAACCGUUUGGCUAGGAAUUAAUUAAAGCAUAUUAAGGCUGUUACACACUCAGGUAAGAAGGAGGGAGAGAGGUACCCAUUGAUUAGCGCGACAAAUACAAACGCGUGUACCUGUAUUUUAUAGAAGAUU